AUGGGUCUUGCCUUGUCCCAACCCACCCUUCCCGGUCCCACCAUGGGCGACCACUCUCCCAAGGAUUCCCCGUUUGCCACCGACAAGGAUAAGGCGGCUUCAACCAAAGCUCGCGAGGCUGUAGAGGCCGCAUACACCAAUGCCAUCAAGCACAACCCCCAUGACGACAAGGCAUGGGGCAACCGUGCCAUGGUCAACCUCAAGCUCGAGAGGUGGGACCAAGCCGAGCUGGACGCGUCCAAUGCCCUCCACAUUGAAGACGUGCGUCACCUGUUGUCUGUCAAGUCGCUGUACCGUCGCGGAGUGGCACGCCAAGCGUCAGGAAAGCACGCGGCAGCCAUACGCGACUUGAAGAGAGCGCUCACUCUCGACCCCAACAAUGUCCCCAUCGCCACCAAGUUGCUGGAAGUCGCCACCCAGGCCGGCCAGGCAUCUUGUGCCCCCGCGCCACCCACUCCAAAGCUCACCAUUGACCACCUCGCCUACUCCCACAUCGUCGACGCCAUUGUCAGCUUCUCCGACGCCGAAACCCGUGUUGCUCUCCUCGACACGUGCACCGCCAUCCAAAACCGCAUCCUCAAGCUUUGCUCGCACGUUGAGAUCACCGAGGGUAGCGACAGUCAGGGCGAGUAUGCCAACAUUGUCCAGGCCGACGGCAUGUCGUUUCGUGUCUAUGCGAAAUGGCGCUUCCAGCUCCCGACGACUCCUUCCGACCGCUGGACACGGAUCUGCCGCGAUAGAAUCUUCCUAAACUCGCGCACCAAGGACCUCUGCGGACCAUUCACUCCCGAUGUCAUCGGAUACCUUGAAGUCGACAGCGGCGUCGUGCGCAUGCGACCUGACCAACUGGACAACCACUGCUUCCACAACGUCUGUUUCAUGCGCGAGUCCCCCACCAAGAUUGUCGUGUUCCCGCUCCACGACUCGUGCGCCAAAGACUGGUUCAGCAUCAGCCUGUCCGACAGCGUCACGCGCAUCGUCUACCCGCUGUCCAUGUACUGGGGACCCGACAGCGUCCCCGGCGUCUACACCGUCCCAUUGGUUCCGCGCAACGACCUGUACAACCCCAUCGUGCACCGCAGUCCCCAGGACAUUCCCGGAGUGAACCCCAGUCUCGUCAUGGUCAUCAUCUGGCCAACCGUCAACGAGGUCGUGUCCGAGGAGCUCGCCAACCCGGUCUUUGAGCAACUCUUGUCCCAGACCUGUGCCCUCAUCAUGGUCGCGUUCCAGAGCGCACUCCACUCGCUCAAGGUCGUCAACGUGGCGGGAACCGCUUCCGUCCGCCCUCGCGAAUAUGCGAUGGCCACGAACAAGACAUCCAAGAACAACAAGAAUAAGGGCAAGGCCAAGAACAAGCGCGACCCAGUGCAGGCGUUUAUCAAAGACUAUGUCUCAAGCACAAUGUUCCACGACAUCACGGCGCAAGGUAACCCCUCGCCUUACCGUGCACCUCGCCUCCCGUCGCCUGCUCAGGCCGCUCAAAAAGUUGUGUUUUUGACCGAGGAAGAGUACCGCAGUCAACUGGGGCCUGGAGAGUGGGAGGUGGAGACUGUGGAGGUCAUGGAAGGGUUUUGA